ACGCAACAGUAAAUAUGUGACGUGUGGGUGGAGCUGUAGGUUCAGACCUCCCGCACCAGCUCCCACUCUGUCAUCGGGGGCUCGUUACGAAGGAUGCCGCCUGCACGGAACCAGCGGCUGCAACAACGCACCGGGACGGACCCUCGUGCAUAUUUCAUCUAUUUCAAUCUGCUUAAUCUGAGUAAAUUGGGUGCUUCUAUAUAAAGCAGCCGUCGGUCUUGUAAUUAUACGCCCGGACGAAUCUUCGCUUCACUCCUUGUUGUUCUUUUUCACCCACUUUUGGCUGCGUGGACCUGCGCGCGCGCUCGUUCUGCGGGAGCAGAACGCGACGCGGGACCGAGAGGACGGGCGACAUGCUGCCGUGUUCGGGAAACUUAACCUGAACUUUGUCUUUAUGGCGCUUCAAAAUGCCACAUUCUAACCCGAGGAACGACAGCAGGCAUGGGAUCCACUUCGCCGACGCGUCCAACGCGUCCAUUCUGGACCAGGUGUUUCCAAACGACAGCACCACGACGUGCAGGAACUUCACCGCGGACCCGCGGGUUGUCGGAGUUGGGGUCUUCCUCUCCGCCUUCAUCCUGGUCGCCAUCGUCGGGAACAUUUUGGUCAUCCUGUCCGUGGUGUGCAACAAACACCUGCAGACCGUCACCAACUUCUUCAUCGUCAACUUGGCCGUGGCGGACCUCCUGCUGAGCAUCAUCGUGCUGCCCUUCUCUGCCUCCCUGGAGGUUCUGGGAUGCUGGGUGUUCGGCCGGCUGUUCUGCAACAUCUGGGCAGCCGUGGACGUGCUGUGCUGCACCGCCUCCAUCCUCAGCCUCUGUAUCAUCUCCGUCGACCGGUACAUUGGGGUAAAACACUGCCUUAAAUACCCAAGUAUCAUGACGGAGAGGAAGGCGGUGGCUAUUUUGCUCCUGGUCUGGGUGUUUUCCACGGUCAUCUCCGUCGGACCCCUGCUGGGCUGGAAGGAACCGCCGCCCGUGGACGAGAGCGUCUGCAGGAUCACGGAGGAGCCCGGCUACGCGCUCUUCUCCUCGCUCUUCUCCUUCUACCUCCCGCUCAUGGUCAUUCUCAUCAUGUACUUUAGGGUCUACGUGGUGGCCCGCAGGACCACCAAGAGCCUGGAAGCGGGCGUCAAGCGCGAGCGGCACAAGUCGAUGGAGGUGGUGCUGCGCAUCCACUGCCGCAGCGCGCCGGAGGACGCGCGCGGCGGCAGCUCGAAGAGCAGCAAGAGCCACCCGUUCCGAAGUUCGCUGUCGGUGCGGCUCAUGAAGUUCUCCCGCGAGAAGAAGGCGGCGAAAACUCUGGCCAUCGUCGUGGGGAUGUUCAUCCUGUGCUGGCUGCCGUUUUUCUUUUUUCUGCCCAUGGGUUCCUUCUUCCCAGCCCUGAAGCCCCCCGAGACCGUGUUCAAGGUGGUCUUCUGGCUGGGCUACUUCAACAGCUGCAUCAACCCCGUCAUCUACCCCUGCUCCAGCAAAGAGUUCCAGCGGGCCUUCACGCGACUCCUCAAGUGCCAGUGUCACCAGCGGCGCCGGGUCCUGCGCCGCUUCUACGACCAGAGGUGGCGGACGGCCGUCAAGGGGAUGAGGGAGCAGAGGGGGGAGCGCGGGCCGGGCAGCGGCGCCCGCGAGCCCGUGGCCGGCUCUCUAUUAAACAAGAGGAAAGGACGCCCGCUGGCGUUCAGGAGGUGGGGUCUGUUCCCACCGCUGCAGACGUCCUCCUCCCAGCUGCGAGAGAAAGUCAACAACCUGUCAAAUAAAAUUAAGGGGGGGCCGGGGAAAGGGGCCACGCCUGCAGUGGGCAGGAUUGAUAUAGUUGACACGGUGUCGAUGGGAAUUUAUAACUCCUGCGAGCAGCACGGCUACCAGUUCUGUGAACUGGCAGACUGCUCCUUCCUGAAGGAGACCGACAUUUAAAGGCCACCAGAAAAGCCUCUAUUUAUUUUGAAAGGACCGUGUUGGACAGACAUGCGAUAAAGCACCGCUCUGUGUUCACAAGAUAUCAGAGAAGCGAGGCUUGAUUAAAGUUUACCGAAAUCGAUCGCUGGACCCCACAACAAACAGGACUAGAUCUGUGAAAAUCCCCUGUGACCAUUGUGUUUAUGUCAGUGAAGAUUCCUGUGACGUGAACACAAGUAGCCGACUUCAUUUUCCUGCUUUUACUUUGAAGGGGUGUUUAUUAGGUUUAUACAAGUCAAACCGGACGGAUUUACACACAGUGGGGUCAGAAUUCUGUUAUUACUCUUAGUGUUGCUUGACAUUCAGCCGACACUGAAAGGGAUAAAAACAUGGGACUGAAUAAAAGUGUUUAAAGUCAUAAGUGCAUUUGUUCUAUGUCACUACAAUGAAAAAUAAAAUGUCAGAGAAAAUUCUCCUUUGAAGAAAUGCUCCUUUUUGAUCAAAGUGAGAUGAGACACGAAGCUGAAAGAUGCUGCUGACAGUAAUUCAUAUACAAUACAUUGGUCCCACAAACAUAUAAUUAUAUGUGCAUGGUAUGUAUUAUUUAGGAUUAUUUAUGCUGAAGGAAGUUGAUGUGAGCUUUGGAAAACUUCUGCCCCGUCCAGUAGAUGUCAGUGUUGUCUUGGUUUAUUCACAUUGUGCUCCACCGCUUCUUUUCGAACCAAGUAAUAAAACAACAGGGAGAAAGAAUCAUCUGCACAUUAACUAGAGCAAACUAAGGGGCAAGCUGAAUAACAAAUAUACACAAAGAUUGUUAUGAAUUCAAAGAACGUAGCACUAAUGGACAGAGACACAGUUUAUCCGCCGGCAAUAAGAAAGCGAGAGACACUCUGGCUUUCCUUAUUAGCAUCAUUCCACCAAAACUGUACUUUUUUCACAGUUUGUUGUCAAGCCCUUUGUGGUUUCUUUUUUUUAAAUUUUCCAUUAAUUCUCAUUCACCAGCCUGAGAAAAAUAAACAACACAGAAUAACAACAUAGCUAAACCACAGUUGCUUUGUACCUCGGCAGAUGAAUGGCAUCCGCUCCAUUUGUAAAGAGUUGAUUACACUUGUCACAGAGCGAAUACAUCAGGCAGAGAGGAGCCCUAACCGAGUACAAGUGUUCCAAAGACAGUCACUACGGCUGUGAGCUAAUAAACAGAUAAGCAGAUAAACAAGUUCAUCAUUUCAACACAGCUGCCUGGGUCUCUGGAUGCUGGGAUAUGGAUCUAAUUACCUUUGAUGAAUAAUUAGAGAAAGAAUAAUGAGGCAACGGAGUAAGAUAAUGCAGCAUACAGUGGGUUGAACCGCUUCUAAACACUCGUGCCAUUGUUUAUUUUAUGGUGGCGUCAAAUCACACGCUCAGUCCUGUUUCCUUGUGUUUGUCAUUGCACACACAUGACUAACUCCAAACUGUUGCCUAUCACACGCUCAAGCAUCCAACCUGAGGCACAUCUGGCUCUCUUCCAGGAUGCACUUACUCUGCAUUUCUGUUCGGUCCAAUCGGCUUCAUCUAGAAAGCGUGCUUGAGAGCGAUCCCGUCGAGAUCACGCACUGAGUCUACGAUAACCACAGUGAGCGCUAAAGGACGAGCAGAGAAAAGAAACGCCAUAUCAGCCUUAUCUGUCGGAACGUUCUUGGUUCUGACGGACACCACGGAGCCUGGCUCACAAUUUUUCACUCUCUCCGCAUGAUGGUUCACACUAUACAUGAGUGCAUGGGCUUGUUUACUUAUGGCCACUGUACUGCAACUUAACGUACAAGCCUCUCUUCACACAGAUACUCAGUGUAGAGAGCCACAGUUGUGUAAAUAAUCAUUGUGGAUUUAUCUCCUAAGCCAUCAUACAUUUAAGCCGAAGAAACCUGUAGUAAAACAAGCACCAGGCAUUUGUAAAAGUGAACGUAUCCAGCCUGCCAAACUAAAUAAACUAAACGCUUUCAUUCAAACGUGUGCUUUUGAUUCGUCUCGGCAUGUCACGCUGCAUUAAACACCUUGUUCUGCUGUUUAGUUCAACUUCAUUUUUACUCU